ACCAGCUCGACGGUCAUUGGCGAGAGGCCACCAACAGCACCAUGCAUCGUUUAACAGUCGAGUCCGACCCUCCCAAUGGCGAAUACAACCGAGGCAGGGCCAGUCCGGCAGAAGCCAUGCACAGUCACGAGAACAGCCGAAACCUGAAGCAGGUGAUCCAGCAAUGGACCAGCUCGGAUCGUUUGUGCUACUCCAUCGAGUUGAUCCCCAAAGAGGACUUUGUACUGGAUCUUAGCCGACUGAGCCCCAAGCCGAUGUUCUGCUCGCUGCCAUGGAUUUCGGACCAUAACCUUCAGUAUCAGCGAUUCGUGGACACACCGAUGCUGAAAAUGACCGCCAAGAUUGUACCACACUGCUCGGUGAUGAAUCACAUAUCCUGUUACAACAUUACCGAGACCCAGGUGGACAAGUUCGUCGAAAUGGGCAAUUGGAACUUGUUUGUGAUCCGAGGCGAUACGGUCGGUGAAAACCAGCGUUUCAAGCACUCGUCCGACCUGGUCGAGUAUCUACGGAGUAAGAACAAUCCCGACAUGACCAUCGCCGUCGGAGGCUACCCGUACGUACAUCCGGAGUCACCGUCCAUCGAGUAUGACGUGAAAUAUCUGAAGCAAAAGGUCGACCUCGGCGUGGAAUUCGUCUUGACGCAAACCCUCUACGAUGCCGCCUCGUACUUGCAGUACGUGGACGAGUGCAGGCGGGCGGGCAUCACGGUUCCCAUCGUUCCGGGCAUCUUCCUGCCGGCCUCGUACGACCAGCUGGAAACCGUGCUCAACCUUACGCGCGUCAACCCGCCACCGGAAGUGCUCGCCAUGCUACACUCACAUGCCCUCGACGAGCCGGACGUCUUCGAGGCGUUCGUGGUGAAGCACUUUGCCGAACUGGUGCGGACCCUGCGGCAGGAGCGACCCGACGAGGUCAAACUGGUGCACUUCUUCACCUUCAACCGGUUGGGCUUGCUGAAAAAGGUGCUAGAUAAGAUUGCGGAUUUGUUUUAGCAGGCCCGGAAGCGUGGUCGAUAAUGUUAUUGUGCCAUUGAAUAUUGUAUAAUUAUUAUUUUUUUUCUAUGAAAUACACGAAUCCAGAACCAGAGGCUGAAGGAGGGAAAUA